AUGUGGAAGAAUUCUCGACUGUACCCGACAUUCACCUUCUUUUUGCUCUCCAACAAUGAUGCAAAAAAGCCCACAGGUAAAGUUUCAGACUACGAUGUGGACGGCGGACAGGACCUCGACAUAUUUGACAUCAAUGAAGAAGCCGGGCUGGAUCUGUUCGAGGGCGACAUCGUGCUCGACGAGAAGCAAACUCGGAACUCCAUAAUCGGAGACGAGUACAGGUGGCCGAAGACGAUCCCGUACUACUUUGAAGACGACCUGGAGAUCAAUGCGAAAGGUGUGAUUCUUAAAGCCUUUGAGCAGUACCGGCUCAAGACCUGCAUCGACUUCCAGCCUUGGAACGGAGAAGCAAACUACAUUUCUGUCUUUAAAGGGAGCGGCUGUUUCUCCUCCGUUGGUAACCGGCACGUUGGGAAGCAGAGGCUGUCCAUAGGAACCAACUGCGACCGCAUCGCCACCAUCGAACACGAGUUCCUCCAUGCUCUGGGUUUCUGGCAUGAGCAGUCCAGGUCAGACCGCGAUGAUUACGUCAACAUCAUGUGGGACCGCAUCUCAGAAGGUAAAGAGCACAACUUUGCCACCUACGACGACACCACCUCCAGCUCUCUGGGCGUGCCCUACGACUACGGCUCCAUGAUGCACUACAGCAAAAACGCCUUCCGCAACGGCACCGAGCCCACCAUCGUCACCAAGAUCGCCGCUUUCAGCGACGUCAUCGGCCAGCGGAUGGAGUUCAGUGACAGCGACCUGCUCAAGCUGCACCGCCUCUACAACUGCACCCAGGGCUCCACCUUCCUGGACUCAUGCGACUUUGAACGUGAAAACAUCUGCGGCAUGGUCCAGGGAAAAGGAGAUAAGGCCGACUGGCAGAGGGUUUCCACGGCUGUCGGGGGGCCCGACACUGACUACUCCAACUUGGGCAAAUGCACAGACUCGGGGUAUUUCAUGCACUUCAGCACCGGCACAGCCAACGUUGGAGACACGGCUCUGCUGGAGAGCAGACUCGUCUAUCCCAAAAGAGGUUACCAGUGCCUGCAGUUCUUCUACUACAACACCGCAGGAGCCAGCGACACACUGAAGAUCUACGUCAGGGAGUACGACGCGGCAAACCCCAACGGAAAACUGCGCCUCAUAAAGACCGUAGACGGACCCCCUCAGGACCUGUGGCAGCUGCACCACGUCAGUCUGGACGCCAAAACCAAAUUCCGAGUCGUCUUCGAAGGGGCCAAACAGGGUACUGGGCCCGCAACGGGGGGGAUGUCUCUGGAUGACAUCAACCUCUCUGAGACCACCUGCCCAGAGUUCGUAUGGCGAGUACAAAACUUCAAUGAUGUCAUGGACAACACCCCGAUAAACACGGCCAUCUUCAGCCCCCCGUUCACCUCCAAGGAGGGUUAUACCUUCCAAAUGCAGCUGUUCCCCAGCGGGAGACAAGGCUACCCCGGAGAGCUGUCGGCCUACGCUCACCUGGUGGCCCGCCAAGGGGACACGGGACAGACGUGGCCGUGCCCCUGGAAACAGAUAACCAUGAUGCUAAUGGACCAGAACCCGCACAUCCAGAAGCGCAUGUCCAACCAGCGCAGCGUCACCACCGACCCCAACAAGAAGGCAACAGAUUCUGACCAGUUUUUCUGGGAUGAUCCUCGGAAGGUUGGACAAGAGUUCACGGACACAGACGGAUCAAAGUAUUUCCGAGGGCCAGGCGCCGGCACCGCUGUGUAUCUCACCCACCUCAGGGCCAAAAGCAGAGAUUUCAUCAAGGGAGGAGACGCCAUCUUUCUGCUCACCAUGGAGGAUGUGUCCCAUCUGACGACGACCCAGCCUUUGCCUUCCUUACGACCGACCACCCCCCCACAACCAAGCAGCCCCACCCCCUCCACCGCCUGCCUCAACGUGGAGUGUAAGAAUGAGGGAGUCUGUGUGGUGGAAGGAGGCAAAGCUGUUUGCAGGUGCGCGGUGGGAGACGACUGGUGGUACUACGGGGACAGCUGCCAGCACAAGGGGACCACCAAGGAUAAAACCACCCUCGCGCUCGCCUCUUCUCUGUCUGUGCUGGCAGCCAUGUUGCUGAUCACGGCAGUCAGCGUCUUCUGUGUGAGGAAGAAGUACAAGAAACAAUCUGAUGGCAGCAAUUUUGUCAUGGGAAACGUUCACGUCAGUGACAAACUCGGUUAGUUUCUGAUUACAACUUGUUGAACAGAAGAAAACAGCAGAAACAGCCGACUGGAUGUAAAAUAAAUGAGCAUUUCUUUUUUUUAAGU